AGCCAGGUGAGGUCCCCCUUCGUGGUUUCCUCCUCUUCCCCUGCGACUCUGGGCAGCGCCCGCGGGAUCGCCCGCCUCCUCCUCCUGGAUCCGGCGAGAAAGGUGCGUGGUUUCCCCAAAUCUAGCGCCUCUACCCGAUCCCCUCGCGGCCAUUCCCAUGAUUCGAGUAGUUGACCUUUGAAAAUUCCGCAAGAUGGGUCGUGGUGUUAGCAGUGGGGGUGGCCAGAGUUCCUUGGGCUACCUCUUUGGUGGCGAUGAAGCACCAAAAUCAGCUGAAAAGCCUGCACCUGUUCAAAAGUCAGCACCUUCAUCCUCUGCAGAGAAAUUAAAAGAUAUCCCAGCUGGUAUUCAAAGUAGUAAAGCAAACAAUUACAUAAGAGCUGAAGGACAGAACUGCGGAUAUUUCCUUACGGAUCGUACUUCAACCAAGGUACAAGCUGCUCCAGGUGGUGGUUCUUCACUUGAUUAUCUUUUCAGCGGCAGCAAGGAUGGCAAGUGAUGCUCACCAGUGUGAAUUGGAAGAAAGGUUCCUGUUUAACAAAAACAUGUAUCCUCAUGAGUAGCUAUCAAACUGCUCAUGAUAUAUUACUUGGAUUGCUUGUAUGUGUGUACGUGUUUUAUGUGUUCGUGUAUAUGUGUUGAUCAGCAGCUAUUGGUGCUGAGAGCUGACCUCUAUCCCUACCCUUCGUGGCCUUCAAUGCGUUGAUGGAAUUGGUUUUUAUGACUUUGUUGACGUUUAUUGCGAGUGUUGUUUUGAUGUAUAAAACAGUACUAGUUGUGUUGUACCGGACAUGUAACAUGUUUGUUGCUCAAUGUUCAUUGUUGUAGUAAAAAUGUCUGUUGUCCUCUA